CUUCACAUUUGCCCUGACUUCCCCAUCUGAUUUCAGUGUCGAGCGAUAACUCUAUAGAGCCCUAAAUCUUACGAAAAUAUCCACUUAUAUUUCUUGACAAUUUCCACACAACUUUCACUGGACUUAUCUUAGCCUCAACUGCUCGCUCGAUUUCUCGACCAUUCACUAUGAUGAGAGAUGCAGUAAGCUUGCAUGAAUGGCGUCUUAUCUUUGAACAGUGCACCACUCAGGAUCUGUCCCACCUCUGCUUGGUCGACAAGAUCUUCAACUCGAUCGCGACACCCCUUUUGUAUCGAUCUAUCUCCCUGGUGGCUUAUGAGAAUCUCUCUGGCUCCCGUAGGUUGUCCAACUCUACAAAAGUGAAAACGGAACCAGAAUUGCCUACAGGCCCUUGGCUUCUAUUAUCUCGACUGGAAGCCGACGAGAAUGACACCUUACGAGCUUGGGUACAGGAAAUCAAUAUUUCGAGUCCUUCUGCUUGGGCAGACGAGGAUUUCCUAGAACGACUCCAGAGCAAUGAUUGCUUGGCCACACUGAUUGCCCGUCUGCCAAACCUUCGACGGAUUACCAUCGGCUUUCCCAGUAUUCAAUCGACAACAUUGAUUCGCACCAUUUAUGAGCAUAAAAGGAAGCCAGAACUUCUCCUACUCAACCAGUAUAGCGAGGAGGUUAACUCUAGCUUGGCGGAGCAGACUCUACCCCGUGUCACGACCCUCUCUGCAUCAGUGAGCCCAGCAAUUGACGGAAACAGGCCAGAUAGACAGAUACCCACGUUACAAAGAUUGUUUUUCAAAUGCCCACAUCUCCGGUCGUUCUCGCUUACUGUCAUGAGACCGUAUGGUGGUUGUGUUAUAAGGAUCCCAAGGCAUCGUGUUAUAUGGCGCUUUCAGCUUACAGGCGAAGAAACAUUCCCUCCACUCGAGCAUCUUUGCCUUGACGGAUAUCGGAUGGACGAUCAGCAUUGGAGCUUUUGGCGUGAUGGGCUUCAGUGGGACAAGCUGGUGUCACUAGCCGUAGGACCGCAGAGUUGCGCUGGCUUGUUUCGAUGUCUAGUUGGCUUUACCAGAUCACUAAAGAUCCUUAAAGUGUCUGUCUGGGCAGGCGAAGGCGAUGAUGAGCGAGAGGAACUCAUCGAAUGCCUUUCAUCAUUUGAUUCUCUGGAAACCCUGGUUUUAAAAGGGUACAUGUGCCCGGUUGAGGUGAUUUCCCGUCACAGUAACCUAUCUACUCUCUGUCUGCAUGAAGAGGAAUCUGCCCGCAAGGAGCGUCCGCGACAAGUCCUAACAGCGGAGGAGCUCAGUCAGCUCGAUGUCAACUGUCCCAAAUUGAAGUCACUCCAAGUGGGAGUCAAGAGAGAGAACGAUCAAUGGCCCGACGACGUCUUCGACAGACUAGCAACCGGUUUCCACAACCUCAGGAGCCUAUCUAUGCACUUUGAACUAGGCCUCUCCGACAUACAUAACCCCAUCACGCCUCUUAUAAAUUAUGCCUCUGUGAGGAGCAUUGGCCAGAAUUACUUUGGCCUUAGAAAGCAGGCGGGCAUCGAAGUAUUCGAAUCGUUCACCUUGACCGUCUGGACAGGUAAAUACUUCCGUCGCUUCCCACAAAGGCCACUACUGUACGCCGGUUUCGAGAAGAAAUUCUCAGCCACUUACGAGAUAUCCUUGCCGAGUGAUUCCUCCGGUGAGGUCCAAGUCCGCCAUUUGGAGAAAGAGCGAUUGGACCUGGUCAACUCCAAGAAGAUCAAAGUCCAUUCGUACGAGAGGAUUGGGCUUGCUCAACAGGUUGCUGCAGCCGUGGAAGGCCCAAAGGUCGAGGAUUGCUCGGAGUGAGGAAGGAGGAAGCCUAUCUUCUUUCUAUUAUGCUGGUCGUAGGGCUGGGGGUUCUGCCUAGCAUAUGUUGUUGAUGAUGUAUACGUGUUCUUUUGGGCUGGUAUGAAAUGUCGCAGUGCAUUUGUCGUUAUGGUACAUCAUAUAUCUAUUUCACUCGGAGUUGUUUGUUCAUGCUAAUAAGCUACCGUGACAGACAAUAUCCACAUGCAUUAUGUGAAGGAAAGACAACUACGCUUGAACUUAUCCCCAAUCACAGUAACUAGCAACGCAUAAGAACCAUCUCGCA